AUUACUAUCACUUUUUUUUAAAAGAAAACUCGCAGAUUUGUACAUUUCACAGCGAAAGAGAUAAAUACAUCGACAACGUCAACAACAUGGGAAAUCGAACAAGUUCGUUUUUUGUCCGUCGAGAUCCAGAUGGAUCAAAAAGCAAAGCCAUCGAUAAACAGAUUAUAAAGGACAAGAAACGAUUAAAGGGCGAAGCCAAGAUUUUAUUGCUCGGUGCUGGCGAAUCGGGCAAAUCAACAGUUUCGAGACAAAUGCGGCUAAUCCAUACAUGCGGCUUCGAUGCCGACGAAAAAGAAUCUUUCCGGACAACGGUGUUCAGUAACGUCAUUGAAGCUAUGCAAGUGUUAAUAGACGCGCUCGAAAAGUUCAAUGUCGGUCUUGAGAACGAAUCCUUGACAGCACACAUCUCUUUAAUUCAAUCGGCGAUACCCGAUCUUACUCCAGGCCAGCCUUACCCUCAGUUGUACUUGGAACCUCUCAAAGAACUCUGGAAUGACAGUGGUAUACAGAAAAUUUGUCAAAUGGGUAAUCAAUUUGCAUUACAUGACAAUAUUCAAUACUAUUACGAACAAUUGGAUACGCUAUGGAAACCUACCUAUGUACCAAGCGAGCAAGACAUUGUACGAUGUCGUGUCAAGACGAUUGGUAUUGUAGAAACAACAGUUUACAUGGGAGCGUUGACGUACCAAAUUGUUGAUGUCGGAGGACAAAGAAGUGAACGGAGAAAAUGGAUCCAUUGCUUUGAGGAUAUUACAGCAAUUAUCUUUGUGGUUGCAAUGAGUGGUUACGACAAGUGUAUGAUUGAAGACUGGAACUCGAUGAUUGACGCCAUGAUGCUCUUUGAAAAUAUCAGUAACUCUCAUUGGUUUCAAAAGACAUCUAUGAUUCUGCUUAUGAACAAGGUCGAUAUUUUUCGCAAAAAGAUCAAAUAUUCACCAAUUGCCACUUACUUUGAUGACUACAAAGGCGGUGAUGAUUACGAUAAAGCAAUAACUUACUUCAAAUCGCGCUUUGAGUGGUUGUCUGCUAACCCAAGAAAAACCAUAUACACUCACUGUACGGACGCCACUGACCGUACUAUCUUGCAACGAGUUAUGUCAGCUGUGCUGGACAUCAUCAUGACGGAAAAUGUAAAUAAUCUCAUGCUAUAA